AUGCCACUCAAAUCUAGAGCUGAAGGGGACACGGCUGCCACAUUCGACUGGCUACAUCAACCACCUCCAGUCCAUCGCAUCAAUCUCUCACUACCCCCAGUCGAGCGUUAUGUAGAACUAGCACGACUUUACCGAGAUCCAAUGCGAUCGCUACGGGGCACGUUUGACGAGUUGGUCUCCUCCCUAUCCUCCAAGAUUCCAUUGGGAUUGGUUCAUCGAUUGGCUCGUACCUUCUUACGCAGACUCUCCACAAGCGAAGAGACCGAGGAACUGCGAGGAAUCAGUCGUGCCACAGAUAUUGACCUUUACCUCCUAAUAUGCUUUAAUACUGUCCUAGAUCUCCUUAUGGGCUGCACAAGUGGAGGAGUGAGGACAAAGCAUGGAUCUGAGACCAGGAUUCUUCAUUUCCGGACCCUGGAUUGGGGCAUGGAGAAGCUUCGGCCUUUGAUUGUCCAGCUGGAAUUCGUCCGUGAUGAUGACCCGGAGAAAGUACUCGCGACAAGCGUAAGCUAUGCCGGCUUUGUCGGUGUUCUCACGGGCGUGAGGAAAGAUCUAAGCAUGUCGCUCAAUUUCCGCCCAGUUCAUGAUACAUCGAAAAACCUCGCGUUCUAUCUCAAUCAUCUUCUUGUUCUUCUUGGUCGACGCCCGUCUAUCUCUUCACUUCUGCGACAAUGUCUCGUCCCGUCUUCAUCGAAUUCAAAACGCCUAGGGUGGGUCUCGAAACUGCCGACUUUGUAUCAUAUCAUGGACGAUAUUCCCAGUCAACCCACUACCGCGGCCUAUCUCAUCUUCAGUGAUGGACAAAGGACGGUGACAAUGGAAAAAGAUGUCAAGACAGCGAUCACCCGUUUCGACCGAAACUUCAUCGUCGUCACGAACAAUGACCAGGAUUCGGCGGCAAUGCCAUCGCAAGAUGCAGCAAAGGACAAGGAAAGCAGCCAAAGUAGACUCGCCCUGGUCUCGGAGGAACCGCUAUCGAUGGAGGAGUUGAUCGAAGACAGCAAAGAAAGGCGGGCGUGUAUGCAGAAAAAAUGGGAUCACAAGAUGAAACAGAAUCAGCGGGAUAGAGCUCGGAAAGAAACAAGAGAGCCGCUCGUUGAUGAAAGUCCCAAGGAAACGAAUACCGACCAACCAGGAGUUCGCUCGUCACUACGCCUCCGACAAAAGGCAGCUGAGAGGCAAAAGCAAGCUAAUUUGGAAAUACGCAAGCUUCGUGGGGAUUCUGAUGGUUCAGAUAAGGCUAUCACGCCUGAAGAAGCGCUUAGCUGGCUCACCACGUUCCCAAUUGUGAAUGAGGACACUCACUAUGCCACCUUGAUGGAUCCAUCCGAGGGUACAUUGUUUUGGGUUAGUCUGUAUAAUUUAGGUCAAAUCUCAGCAUGA